AUGGCCCACGCAGGCCUCGUCCAGACCAGUUUGAUCUGGGUCGCUUAUGCUAUCGCCGUAGCUUUCUGCCUUAUUGCAGCGAUCAUCACCACAUUCACAUGGCAAACUCCCCGUGAACGAUCCGCCGUUGUCAGCAUCGUCGCCAUCGUCAGCUUGACUUCACUACUCGCAACAGUUCUACUCCUACCCGUCGAUAUCGCCCUUGUCUCUGCCACCAGCUCUGCAGCGCUUGGUGCCAAGAAGGACUGGGCUACUCCCGAACGUAUCGACGGCAUCCUCUACACCCUCAAGGUCGUCUACUACAGCUUGUACAGUUUCGAUGCUAUCCUCUGUCUGAUCGUUAUUCCCUUUGCCUACUUCUGGCAUGAGGAGUACGAUGAGAUCGAGGUAGAGGAGGAGGGCCGAACUAUUUCCAGCCGUCUCCUCGCCGCAGCCAAGUACACACUCUUUUUCGUUGCUUUCGUCGUGGUUCUCUUCCUGCUAGGAUUCUUUGUCCCAGCAGCAGGCGACAGCUCUCAGUCUCAUUGGGAUCUCGACUACUUCAAGAAGCUCGUCGCCCAGAACCAUGGCGAAAAGGCUCUGACAUUUGCUUUGGGUCUUCUACUUACCCUUGGCACUCUGCUCUACGUCGUCUACACCGGUGCUGGUCUCGCUCUUCUCCCCAUCUCUUUCAUCAAGGCCGCACCUUCAAUCUCGGCUCCUCAACUUCACCAGACAACUGAAUCUCAAUUGGAACAGAACCGUGAACGCCAGCGACAAAUCGACAUGCGCAAUGUUGGCCGACAGGAGGGUAUGUCUCGAAAGGAUCAGCGCGAAUUGGAUGCUUUGGUCAGGGAGGAACAGACUCUUGUCCGACGUGAGAGACUCGCAGCUGAAGCUCAGGGUGAAGGUCGUAGCAAGAUCUACCAGGCUUGGCUCAAGGUCUGCGCUGUCUUCCGUCCUGUCAAGCUUAUCGGCGGAAUUCUUCUUAUGCUCCUGUCUGUUGUCAUCUGGGUUUCCAUGCUCAUUACCGGCAUUGACAAGGCUAAGAACUCGGUCUGCAAGCAAAAGUGCGGUUACAUCUUGGGUCAGAUUCACGUUUUCCAACCCAUGAACUUCAUCUUUGUCAAGUCCGCCAAGGCUUUCCCCAUCGACUACAUUCUAAUGGCUCUCCUUGUGCUCCUCUUCUUUAGCAGCUCAAUCUCAGGUAUCGCCACCGUGGGCAUUCGAUUCCUCUGGGUUCGCAUCUUCCAGAUCCGCAAGGGUAGGACAGCCCCUCAGGCUCUUCUGAUUGCCACUGUCAUGCUGGGUUUGAUCAUUCUGGCCACCAACUACGGACUCGCUAUGCUGGUUGCACCCCAAUACUCCACCUAUGGUACUCAGACUUUCUGCACCAAUGAACCUGCCCACCCCGGAGAGCAGCCUGACUGCAGUGGUCACAAAGACAUGAUUCAUGCUUGCUCUGAGGCACUCAAGUACAAGCAUGCCAAGGAUGUUUGCACACCAUCGGUGAUGUCAACGGUCCUCAACCGCAUCACCAUCACAUGGCCUUUCUUCGGUCUCAUCGACUUUUGGGCUCAGUUCGCUUUCCUUGGUGUCUUCCUUGUUGUCUUCGUCACUGCCCUCUUCCGAACACCUAAGCUUAACCUUUCUCAAAUCGACGAGGAGGCUGAGGCUGAUGAGGAAGAGAGCCUUCUCGCUUCUACUGGUAGACGCUUUGGUGCGACUUGGCAGGACGUCCGAGGCAAGGUCAGCUCAGGAAAUGACUCUGCAAACAACGGCAACGGAUCACAAUCCGCUGCUUAA